AUGAAGGGCAAAGCACUCGCAGUGAAGCCGAAGGGUUCUCGUGCCCCACUGCAGCCCGGGGCAGGGUCACCCACGCGGUCGGCGCGGCCACUGCAGAGUUCCACCCAGAGCCGGGGCCGCGAUCCUCCCAGAGCGUUUGGGUGCUGCCAGCUGGAGGGCGUGGGCCGGGGCGGCGCUGGGCACCGAGGCCCGGCAGUGAGUCCCGGGACUGCUUCAUUUCUCUGGAGCCUCCGGGGUGGGGGCGAGGGGCGUGGCCCUGCUGGGGGCGUGCCCUCCGGCGGAGGGCGUGGCUUAGGCCUCCCUGCGGAGUGGGGCGGCUGGCGGCGCACCGCGCUGGCGAAGGAGCGAACGGGUUCGGAGCGCCCGGUCCGCGCGAUCCUCGCGCCCUCGGCCGUCGCCUGCGCCCUCCCGACUCCGGAGCUGCCCUGCCGAAUCCCUGGGAGGGGGUGGAGGCACGUUUCCCCGCACUGCCGGCACCGCAACAGGUCAGGGGAGGUGACGAAGGCGCACGAUUUGGGAUUGCAGGACCGAGGGGCUGGAAGAUGUGCAGACCUGACUCUUUGCUCUGACUGGGCAGCAAUGGCUUUUGUUGAGAGAAUCAGCAGUAGCAGCAGCAGCAGCAGCAACAGGGGUUCUCAGCUGCUCAUGGCUGGGGACAGCCCUCCACCCCUCACCACCAUUAUUUGGCCAUGUCUGGACGAAUAUUUGGUUACCAUAGUCCAGAGGGGAAAACCAGGGAUGUUACCUAUUAAGCAUCUUCAAAAAUACCACCUGUCCCCAACCACAGAGGGAAAACGUGGUGUAAAUAUUUGUGUCAGUGUCCUGCGAUCAAAACUGAAAGCGAAGUAA